CCGCCGAGCGUAGCCGGGCUGGACUGGGAGCUGCUCAUGGAGAAAGUGCCGGGCGAGAUGGAGAUAGAGCGCAGGGAGCGGAGCGAGGAGCUGUCCGAGGCGGAGAGGAAGGCGGUGCAGGCGACGUGGGCCCGGCUCUAUGCCAACUGCGAGGACGUGGGGGUGGCCAUCCUGGUGCGGUUCUUUGUGAACUUCCCAUCGGCCAAGCAGCACUUCAGCCAGUUCAAGCACAUGGAGGAGCCCCUGGAGAUGGAGCGGAGCCCGCAGCUGCGGAAGCACGCCUGCCGGGUCAUGGGGGCCCUCAACACCGUGGUGGAGAAUCUGCACGACCCCGAGAAGGUGUCCUCUGUGCUUGCCCUUGUGGGCAAAGCCCACGCCCUCAAGCACAAGGUGGAGCCUGUGUACUUCAAGAUCCUCUCUGGGGUCAUCCUGGAGGUGAUUGCCGAGGAGUUUGCCAAUGACUUCCCACCCGAGACGCAGAGAGCCUGGGCCAAGCUUCGCGGCCUCAUCUACAGCCACGUGACCGCUGCCUACAAGGAAGUGGGCUGGGUACAGCAGGUCCCCAACGCCACCACCCCACCGGCCACGCUGCCCUCUUCGGGGCCAUAGGACUCCCUCUCUCCUCCCCGCUCCCUGGCAGCACCUUGAGCAGAAGGCCGAGUUCUGAAGACGCUCCUUGACCCUCCAUCUCUGGGUGCCAAGGAAGCUGGAGGAAUCUCUGACUCGUCUUCCUGGAAAGAGGCUGCCUCGGCCUUGGCCACAGUCCCCCUGGAGCCGCCGGAAGGUUGCAUCAGCUGCCUGGAUGCUGACCCCAGCUCAGCGG